GAGAAAUUGGAACAGUAGUAAAAGACACAAACACCCCUCCUUUUUUUCUCUCUCUCGAUCUCUCCGCUCAUUUAAAAUUCUCUCCCACCGGAAAACAAUAUUUUCCAAAAACAGAUUCCUCUCUCUCUCUUCCCAUAUAUUUCCGGAUCUUCUCUCCUUCUUCUCUUCUUCUCCUGGUUUUUCCUUUUCCCCGAAAUUCCACCCCGAGAAUAAAACUUCUCCUACGAAUUUCAGGUAAAGGGAGGAGGAACAAACGAAGAAAGACCAAGGACCGAGCGAAAAUGAGCACGGGAGAGCUCCUCAGCAUCGAACCUCUAGAGCUCAAAUUUCCAUUUGAAUUGAAGAAGCAGAUCUCAUGUUCGCUUCAGUUAUCCAACAAAACCGAUAGUUAUGUGGCUUUCAAGGUGAGAUGAUUUCUUCCUCAAAUCUUCUUUCGUCCUUCUCCCCGCGAUUUUUUCCCCUUGUUUCGAUUUCGAAUUUCUUUUCAAUUUCUGUCCGUCCGGUGGGAGAUCGAAUUCUGGUCGUUUUCGUGAUGUGGCACUUCUGUUUGGCUGCUUGGGAGAGAAAAUGGAGUUUCUGAAUCUAUCUUUCUCUUUUGAGUUCUUGUACUUUUUUUUUUGUUUGUGUUUGUUUUCUUUCUGCUCCAUUUCCCUUUUGCGGCAAUUCAAGUCCAAGCAGCUCGAAAUCUCUUUUCAAAAGCAGAAUGUCAAAACAACUAAUCCGAAGAAGUACUGCGUUCGGCCGAAUGCAGGGGUCGUUUUGCCUCGAUCAACAUGUGACAUUAUAGUUACGAUGCAAGCGCAAAAGGAGGCUCCUGCUGACAUGCAGUGUAAGGACAAGUUUUUGCUCCAGAGCGUAAAAGCUCCCGAUGGUUCGGCUGCAAAGGAUAUCACUGCCGAGAUGUUCAACAAGGAGGCAGGGCACCAGGUUGAGGAAACCAAGUUGAAGGUUGUAUAUGUAGCUCCACCUCAACCGCCUUCUCCUGUUCCUGAAGGCUCAGAGGAAGGGUCUUCACCACGCGGUUCCGUGUCUGACAAUGGACAUGUAAACGGUGCUGAGUUUGCUGCUGUGAGCUUCAAAAGCAUUCGUUCAGCGAUUUGAUUCGGAUGAGAAGUCUCCUGAGGCAAAAUCCCUUAUUUCAAAGCUGACUGAGGAAAAGAACAAUGCCAUUCAGCAGAACAACAAGCUUCGUCAGGAAUUAGUAAGUUGAUCAUUCCGUUCCUCUUUUUGAUGGUCUUUAUUUGUCAGUGCACAUAAGGGGGAAUUAGGGUUUCAAGUAUCAUGAUGCAUGAUGUUCACAUUUCUAUCUCGGUGAGAUGCCUCGAGAGUUGUCACUUCUCCCUAUGCAAUUGUCAAGUGCCAUAACAUUAAGGGUCCAACCAGUAGAUAAGGGAAGUCACAAAAUGAUAAAUACCUUCUGGUUUCUUCUCUCUGGAUUAAAGGCACACCCCUGUUAGGUCAGAUAUGGUAGUACUGUGGACCACAGAAUUAACUAAUGUCCUGGCGUCUUGUCGGGUAGCUGCUCACAGUAUGGUUGUGAAUGUUUAAAUGCCAUCACAAGGGAGGUUUUCAUGAUUGAUUAUUUUUUGCUAAGAUUUAAGCCAGAGGACAGGGUUCACUCGAAGGCCAUGAGAUAUAUAUCAUUCAGUUGUUUAGAAAUGUCAAAGUAAAUCGGUUUUAGUGGAUGAAUUGUGUUGUGCUUCAUUGCUUAGAAAAUGUUGCCUGAGGUCUCAAAGGGAAUCAAGAUUUACGUCUCUACCGAGUUCUUGGAAGAAUUCUUCUUAUGCCAAAAGGGGAUCUUCUGAUUGCAGGAAAUGAUGAGGCGUGAGGGAAGCAAAAGCCGCGGUGGAGUGUCAUUUAUGUUCGUCGUCAUUGUGGCAUUACUGGGGAUGUUGUUGGGAUACCUGUUGAAGAAGACGUAAACCCGCAGCAGAAGAUCAUCCAUCCUUCCCUGAACAUAAAAUCAUUCUGUCAUGUCUUCAACAUCAUCAUUCCCCUCUCUCAUACCGCAUUCAAAGAAUGAAGGGGGUAACCGAAAAGAGAGAAAGACUCCAAUGAACAGAGUUCUUAAGGUUCCAUUUGUUAGUUAAACUGGAUCUGUUAUUAGCCAAAAGAAUCUUGUGUUUUUUCUUAGGUCAGGCUAUUUGGUGUUUGGCGUUCUUCAGAUUGACAUGCAUUUGUUUUUUUGUAACUUAAAGAGUCUUCUUUUUCCUUUUCUUUUCUAAUCCUUUUUUCUUUCUGGAGAAUUCUAUAUUAGACCCUCACUAUUGUGGUAAUGUUGAUACUAAGAAGCUUCGAAUAAUCUUUACACAUUCGUCCCUAAGUCCUCACUAUUCUGGUGAUAUUCUCCACAUUCGUCACUAUUGUGGUAAUGUUAGAACAUCCGAUAAAAUUGGAAUGGGCACGAUUAUGUUACGGUU